GAAACUAUUCGUAACUUCUAUAUGAAGUAAAAAUUUAAGUAAUCUAACAUAAAUAAAUGAUUUCACUUGCUGGUGACACCUUUCACAGUCGAAGUAGGUAUGAUUUAUUAACUCCUACAUUAAAGCAUGUUAAGUUAGAUACAGAUAAAGAAGACGGAUUGAAAUACGCUUCUUUUAUUCAAUCAUUAAACUCUGGUGAUAAAAGAUGUUUAAGCAGGAUGAACAGAUUGAAAAUCCACUCCGACAAUUCUGAUGUUAAAACCGAUUUGUUUCCAAAUGAACAUAAUUUAGAAUUAAUUACUAAUAAGCAAAGUGAAACCACAAGCAACAAAAAUGAGCAAUUAAAAGUAAACAACGAAUUGAAGGAAUAUAACUUAAACGGAAAAAGACCAAUAGCUUCAAGAAAAGAAAUAAGAGAAGAUAAAUCCAAUUUGAAAUUUAAAACAAAUGAUACAUUUUUAAACUUGGAACAGCUUAAAUAUAAAGAAAUGGCACAUAUCAUGGCUGCAAAGCAAUCAAAAGUUGAGAAGUUGCUUCAAGGUUUUGAAAUGAAAACAUCUGAUGGGCCUGCAGAAGAAAUUCAUGCAAAACAAGACAGUAUUGCAAGAACCAAUAAAUUUGAAUCAAAAAAAAGCAAAAAAAUUUUUAACGUAAAAAGGAAACAUAAAAACGAUAAAGACCCAACGACAACUAAUAAAUGUCAAACGAAAAAUGAUGAAAAAGUAAAGGAGGUUGACAUGAGACGAGCGUUUAUACAAAAAAUGAUAACUGAUCAAAGAAUACAAAAAAAUGCUAUGAAUAGAGAAGAGUUUUUAAGCAGAUAUCACACCUUAAAUGAAAUUGCAAAAACUGAAGAAUUCCAACACAGUUUACUUCAUUACACGAAGUCAGCCACUAGACAAAAAAUAAAAGAGAGUAAUUUAGAAAACCAGUUGAAUGAAUUAAAAAAAAUUUAUAAAAAAAAACACUUAUCGAUAGAUGAAACAAGAAGAAAACUAUUUGAAGUACAGAAGAAAAACAAUGACUUAUUAAGGGUAACGACAAUGUCUUGUCAAAAUACCGAAGAACAGCUUAAACAACAACUACGUAAAGAAGAAGAACAGAUAGCCAGAGUAAUGUUUGAAAAAGAAGAAAAGUUACAAACGUUAAAAAAGAUAAAAAUGGAGUUCAAUGGAGAUAAAUUUUCUAUGUACCAACAAAUUAAACAAGAUCAAAGAGACCACCCAAUUACCACUCACCAGGGACAACUUGGCGUUUGUUAAAGUCUGAUGGAAAAUUAAAAUGAAAUUAACCAAAAUCACAUGUUUACACUACAUUUUUUCAAAAUUUACCAAAUAAAGCCGAAUCACAUUAUGCUAAUCAAAGAAACAUAUUACGCAAAAAUGUUCUACAAGCAAAAAGCAAAAAACUUUAAUGGUAAAAUAUUUAAAGAACUCUAUAAACAUCAUCUAAAUGUAUAUAUUUUAAAUAACUCGUAAUUCGAAGAUGCUUUAUUUAUUUGACGAUUUUUUUGUAAACUUUCU